CGCGCACACGCCUACGCACAUGCACACACACGCAAACACACACGCACGCAGCGCGCGCGUCUUUCAAAUACGCCCAACUUGAUCGAUUCAUCGAAGUUUCGAUUAGUCGAUUAUGUCCCGCGCAUCUGAACGACAUUUAGUUAUAUAGCCUGAUUAGUUAUAUUCGAGAACAAGUCACUGCAGCAGUUGAUUUACUGGAGCUCAUGUGGCACACAGCUGUCUGUUACUGAGUCCUCACACUGUAUUAUGAUCACUCUGUCCCUUUAUUUAUCUGAUAAAUAGCAUGUGAUUUUCUCCACAGAGCAGGUUCUACAGAAAUGUGGGGCGGGGAUACUGCUGAAGAGGAAGACGAGAACACGAAGGGAGACAGAAAGGGGUAGGAGGGGGGACACAGAGGAACUGCAGCUCAGCACAAGAUGGCUACGGUUCCCUUCAGCUCGAAUCCUGAGUCACCCUGUUUGCCAAAGAGGCAUAUCCUUUUGCUGGGGUAUCGUGGCUCUGGCAAGACCUCAUCUUGCAUCACCAUUACUGGCCAAGAGGAUCUACAGGCCAGACCGCACACAGAAGAGCCUGUUCUCUGCACAACGACAUUUGGCAGCAGGCUCCUUCUAGUGGUUGACACUCCUGGAUGGAACAUGGAUAAUGGAGAUGCAGCAGGAGAAAAGCUGGACAGCCAGAACUCCACAAUGGCCCAUAUCAGGCACCUGUGUUAUCCAGGCAUCCAUGCCGUGCUGCUGGUGGUCCCAAUCGGAGAGCCGUUCACUGAGCACCACAGGAAUGGCAUGGUGGAUCGUGUGGAGGCAGCCGGGACAGAUGUGUGGAAAUUCUCUAUAGUAUUGUUCACCAAGGCAGACAGGCUCUGGGGCAAUGGCGUAGAAGAGUUUAUCACAGAAGGUGGAAAGGCACUUCAGAGACUCGUGGAGAGAUGUGGGAACCGAUACCAUGCUCUGGACAACACCUGCACUGACAACAGCACACAGGUUAAUGAGCUUCUGCAAAAGUUGGAAGAGAUGGUGAAGGAGAAUGAGGGAUCCUUCUUUGCAAUGGAUGAGAGGAUUGAGACACCUUCAAGCGAAUGGAUGUUGCAAGGAGAAGUGGGAGAGCGAAUGAUCACAGGUGAUACAGAGAUGACAUCACCGAUGUUUAGAUCACCACCACGAGAGUUGCGCAUGUUAUUAGUGGGAUGGCAAGGUUCAGGCAAAAGUUCAGCAGGAAACGUGAUCUUGGGUGGACGCAAGUUUGAAUCAGGGUGUCAUACUGAAGUCUCCUUGCGCCGUCAGGCCCAUGUUUAUGGGCGCCGUGUGACAAUAGUGGACACACCAGGCUGGGACUGGUUUUCUGUCCAUUGCACGCCUCGUCACGUCAGAAAGGAAAUCAAACGAGGGGCAGGGCUACUUCACCCUGGCCCACACGCUCUCCUACUGGUCAUUCCCGUCAUUUCAACCCUCACUUCCAGGAAGAGACGAGCCCUUGAGAGUCACCUGGAGAUGUUUGGCGAGGAUGCCUCUCUCCACACCAUGGUACUGUUCUCUUGUGGUGACUGGCUGGGCUGCACGCCGAUCGAGGAGCAGCUCCAAAGGGAUGGUGGGCAAUUGUUGAGUCUGUUGGAGCACUGCCUGAACUACUACCAUGUGCUGGAUAGCACCAAUGCAAAGAGAGGUCAAGAACAGGUUGGUGAGCUUCUACUUAAAGUGGAAGAAAUGGUGGCACAGAAUGAAGAACAGCCAUUCUUACCUGUCAAAUUGUAUGAAGAACAGGAUGAUGAAGCGUCAUGUGAGAAAUGCACUCUGCAGUGAGAAACCAAAUGAACAGCCCUGUUGAAACACAAAUUUAUACACUUUUCAGUGAUUACCUGAUAAAGAGUUUACUUUCAUAUUCAGGUUAGAGUUAUUUUGCAUUAAGAAUAUGGUUAGCAUAACAACUGCUGCAAUUACUCAGAAAAGUACAAAACUAUGUGAAUUUAAAGACAGGGUCAAUAAAAUUGUCGUAACAGUUUAUGAAGAUACUUGAAUUAGGAUGGGUGAGGUACAUCCACAUGAACCUUUUUUUUAUAAUAAUAAUAAUACUGUCAUUGUUACUUAUAUAUAGUGCUUUAUUUUUCUGUAUCUUAAGUGUAUAUAAUCAUGAAACAAGGUGCAUGUUUUGGCAGUUUACUGACAAAAUGCUGCAUCAUUAUCAUUGUCUUACAGUAUAUGCUCUAUUAAUAGAAAAGUUUCAAAAUGAAUUUUGUGAAGUAUUGCACUGUUUGUAAUUUCAAUCGAAAGUGUCAUUAUUAUCAAAAAUAGUGGUAAAGCAUAUGUUGGUGAACAUAUUGCUACUGUGACAGCUCGGCUCAGAAACUGAAUAUAUAGUAGCACAAUAAUCAGUAUCAGGGCAUUGUGUGCCUCCCAGCGAUCAUCAGUGUUAGUCUUAGUUCGGCAGUUAUCCAGCCCAAAAUACAGCACUUAUAUUUAUGUGUCAAACCUAAUAACAUUUUGCUACUGCAUAUUUUGCACGUACUAUUUUGAAAGUAAUAAAGUUCAAGUUUUAA